AUGAAAGACUACGCAGAUAUUGCCCUCUGUGCCGAGACAGCAAAAUGGAGCAAGCCUGAAUUCUGUAAUCCAGCUUUUGAACCUGAGGCUGGAUUGCCUACCCUAUCUCCAGUCCAUCGGGAAUCCAGGAGCAGCCCUAGAGCUCACUGCCAUGGUGGUAUGGCCUGGAGGUACCAGACAGACUGCCAGUUCUCCUGGCUGUGUGCGGCCCUUCUCUCUACCCUGCUGCUUUUGCUUCUGGGACUUCUCACCAUCAUCAUCCUUACCCAGCUAAAGCCUACUUCUCCACCUGAGACACCUCCCAGCCUUCUAUCCCCUCAAGGACCCAGUAAUGCCACAAAUACCAUCAGCCCUGGCAUCCAAGGAGAGCCAGCCUCCAACCUUACCCCAGAACCCACCUGUGGGGGGCUCCUGCUUGGUCCAGAGGGCUCCUUCGCCUCUCCCAACUACCCAGACCCAUACCCACCCAAUGCCUACUGCACGUGGCAUAUCCAGGUGGCACCUGACCAGGUAGUACAACUCAGAAUAGAGGCAUUCAGCAUGGAUGAUGUGGCCUCCUGCCUGUUUGAUUGGCUAGAGAUCUCCCUAGAACCAGAAGAACAAGGCAACCUGGGAAGUUCCAUGGUCAGGGUUUGUGGGAAAGUGCCACCAGCCAUACUCACCAUCAAUGCCAGCCGCCUCCGAGUCUCCUUCGUCUCUGACAGUAGUGUAGGCGGGAUUGGAUUCCAUGCCUGGUACCAGGCUGUGACCCCUAGAGAGGGGGGAUGCAAUGAGGAUGAGUUUCCCUGUGACCAUCUCUUCUGCUUACUGCCCGAUGUCGUGUGUGAUGGUUUCACCAAUUGCAAGGACUCCAGGGACGAAGCCAACUGCAGCAGGAAAAAUCCAGACUGUGGAGGGUCUCUGAAUGGACUCCAGGGCACCUUUUCCACCCCAAACUACCCAAAGCCCUACCCUCAUCAGCAGUUUUGCCUGUGGCAGAUCUCUGUCCCCCCUGGACUUGGCAUUGAGCUGCGCUUCCACAACUUCAGCCUGGAGGCCCAUCAAGACUGCGGAUUUGACUAUGUGGAAGUCCAUGAGAGCACGGACACGGGAGCCCUCAACCUGGUGGAAAGGUUCUGCGGCAAGCAGCUGCCCCCACCCCUCAUUUCCUCACAUCAUGAACUGACUGUGGUAUUUGUGACGGAUUACCAGAUCAGCAGCACAGGAUUUUCGGCAACCUACCAGGCCUUCAAUACAACUGACAAUCUCUGUGGGCCUGGGAAGUUCUCCUGCCAGGAUGGAGAGUGCAAGAACCUUCACUGGAUGUGUGAAAACUGGAGGAACUGCAGUGACAAAUUCAACUGCAGCAGCCUCCCCCAGCUGACCUUUGUUUGCGAACCCAUCUGGGUGGAAAUGUGCCAGGGCCUCAGCUACAACAGCACAGCCUUCCCCAAUACUUUGAUGACUCUGGAGAGUCAACAGGAAGUGGAAGAGAUGUUGAAAGGAUACAAGACUCUGACAGACCUGCCCUGUUACCAACCUUUCCGGAGACUCUUGUGCGGGUUGCUCCUGCCUCACUGCACCCCCUCAGGAGGCAUCCUGCCGCCCUGUCGCCCUGUCUGCCUAGAAGCAGAGCAACACUGCCAGCCUGAUCUGGAGCCGCUGGGCAUCUCCUGGUCCUUCAACUGUAAAAGUCUUCCCGAUGCCUCUGACCCAGCAGGGUGCACCUGGCCCUGA